UCCCCGACGAAGGAAGGAAGGGAAGGGAAGGAAGAUGAGCACCGGCGAGCUCCUCGACAUCGAGCCCUUGGAGCUCAAGUUCCCCUUCGAGCUGAAGAAGCAGAUCUCGUGUUCUCUCCAGCUGUCGAACAAGACCGACAGCUACGUCGCUUUCAAGGUGAAAACGACCAAUCCGAAGAAAUACUGCGUUCGCCCAAACACGGGGGUCGUCUUGCCUCGGUCGACAUGCGAUGUCAUAGUUACUAUGCAAGCGCAAAAGGAGGCUCCUGCUGACAUGCAAUGCAAAGAUAAAUUUCUUCUACAGAGUGUGAAGGUGAAUGAUGGCACGACUGCAAAGGAUAUUACUGCUGAAAUGUUCAAUAAGGAGUCAGGCAAUGUGGUCGAGGAAUGCAAAUUGCGGGUGGUUUACGUUGCGCCUCCUCAGCCACCUUCUCCAGUUCCAGAAGGAUCAGAAGAAGGUUCUUCGCCAAGGGGUUCCGUGUCUGACAAUGGCAACAUCAAUGGUUCUGAGGUGGCUUCUGUUACAAGAUUGUAUGACGAGCUUCAAGAUAAAUCUGUCGAGGCAAGAGCUCUGAUAAAAAAGUUGACAGAGGAAAAGAAUAAUGCUCUUCAACAAAGUAACAAGCUUCGUCAAGAACUGGAGCUGCUAAGGCGGGAGGGCAGCAAAAGCCAAGGCGGCAUCUCGUUUAUGAUUGUUGUCGUUAUCGGUUUGCUUGGCAUCAUCUUGGGGUACUUCAUGAAGAAGACAUAAUGAGAAGUACCGGAUUAAAUUCUCACAAUAUUUUCUCUCCUGGCGUUCCUCUUUGUUUCCGAUCUUCAGGGAAGGGAUGACGAAAGGAAACAAAACAAUGAACAAGGGGUGGUUUCUCUCCUGGCGUUCCUCUUUUGUUUUGUUUUUUCAUGUUGUGAAGUUAACCAAUUGAAUUCAGGUGGAGUCAUGGGUCUGUAGCUGCUGGAACUCGGGAUCGGUAGUUAGCGAGUUCUUUUCGUUGUCGAUGCAUUCUUUUUUGCUGUAACUUGAAGAGGAUGAUUGAUCGGUCUGUUUAUUUUUCUCUUUUCUUUUGUUUCUUUUUUUUUGGUGGUUAGAACUUUUGGGAGAUAGCUGUGAAAUGUCCUGACUAGUAACUGUUAAAUAAAUCUAUCCUUUUAAUGCUCGCCUGCA